CUGCACCAAGAAAUUUUACUUUUUUAUUUUAUUUUUAUUCAAUCCUCCUCAUCGCGAAAACAAGAAAAUCAGAGUAAUGCAACCACAAGGUGAACCAUCGGGUUUAAGCUUGAGACCCGGCGGUGGUGGUGGCGGCGGCGGAAAGAGGCUUUUCGUCCCUCGUUUUAGCUCCUCUUCAUCCUUUGAUCUUACCAAUGGCGGUACCGGAGAAACCCUUAUUCCCGUCAAGAGAGAAAAUUCUGGUGAACGUUUGCGGUUUACACGAGACCAGUUGCUUCAGGUCAAACAGGAGUCGGCUCAAGUCUCUGAUGAAAUCUUGAGACGCUGUAAGGAAAUCUCAGCUGAGCUUUUUGGAGAAGAGCAUAGUUGGGGGAAUCGUGUAGCCGAGAGUAAACCAGCAAAUCAACCUCAGAAUCGUUAUACCGAGCGUGAUAACCGUGACUGGCAUAGUCGUGCGCCGGUUCCAGCCUCUGGUGGUAAAGAAUGGAUUAGGGACGACGCUAAAAAUACAUCGCAAGGGUCUGGUCCUGCUCCUGUGCUGCUUAAAGCAGAGGUCGCGUGGUCAGCUAAAAGAGGAGCUCUUUCAGAUAAAGACCGAGUUCUCAAGAACGUGAAAGGUAUUCUGAACAAGCUUACUCCGGAGAAGUAUGAGGUUCUUAAAGGUCAAUUGAUUGACUCUGGCAUCACCUCUGCUGAUAUCUUAAAGGGUGUGAUACAGCUAAUCUUUGAGAAUGCUAUACUGCAGCCUACGUUCUGCGAGAUGUACGCUCUUUUGUGUUAUGAUAUUAACGGAAAGCUCCCUUCGUUUCCGGCUGAGGAACCUGGUGGCAAAGAGUUAAACUUUAAAAGAGUCCUUUUAAAUAACUGCCAAGAGGCAUUUGAGGGUUCGGGCAAAUUGAAGGAAGAAAUUAGACAGAUGACUAAUCCAGACCAAGAAAUGGAAAGAAUGGAUAAGGAGAAGAUGGUGAAGCUCCGGACACUUGGAAAUAUUCGUCUUAUUGGAGAACUUCUGAAGCAAAAGAUGGUGCCUGAGAAGAUAGUUCAUCAUAUUGUCCAAGAGCUUUUAGGAGAAGACAGUAAAGCUUGCCCAGGAGAGGGAGAUGUUGAAGCUCUAUGCCAAUUUUUUAUAACUAUUGGGAAACAACUUGAUGAGAACCCACGAUCUCGAGGUACAAAUGAGAUGUACUUUGGUCGGUUGAAGGAUCUAGCAAAGCACCCUCAGCUAGAGCUGCGUCUUAGAUUUAUGGUCCAAAAUGUUAUUGAUCUUCGAGGUAACAAAUGGGUACCGAGGCGUGAGGAGGUGAAAGCAAAGAAGAUCACUGAAAUCCAUUCCGAGGCAGAGAGGAAUCUUGGGUUGCGUCCUGGUGCGAUGGCAAAUAUGAGAAACAACAACAAUAACCGUGCUGCGGUUUCUGGUGCAGCAGACAGUAUUGGCUCUGGAAAUAUCCUUGGCCGUCCUGGUUUUGGAGGAAUGAUGCCUGGCAUGCCGGGAAUUAUGAAGAUGCCUAUGGAUGAUGGCGGCUGGGAAAUACAACGGACACGGUCCAUGCCGAGAGGGAACAGACAAACAGUGCAGCAGCCUGGUGCACGUGUUCAGCCUCCUCCUGCUUUCAACAAGUCAGUUUCAGUCAACUCAAGGCUUCUUCCUCAGGGCUCUGGAGACCUUCUUAAUGGCGGUGGUAGAAGUGCUCUUUUGCAAGGUAACGGUUCUACCUUAGCUCCUCAAGCCUCUAAACCCAUUCCAACUGUAGAGAAGCAGCUACCACGGUCUCAACCUCAGCCACAGCCACAGCCACAGGCGGCUCCUCUGGCUAAUAGCCUGAACGCAGGAGAGCUUGAAAGAAAAACCAAGUCGCUUCUUGAAGAAUAUUUCAAUGUCCGUUUACUGGACGAGGCAAUGCAAUGUGUUGAGGAACUGAAAUCUCCAUCUUACCACCCGGAGCUCGUCAAGGAAGCAAUCUCACUCGGUCUAGAGAAAAACCCUCCGUUGGUCGAACCAAUAGCCAAACUCUUGAAACAUCUGAUCUCCAAGAACGUGCUGACAUGUGAAGACUUAGGAGCGGGUUGUUUGCUCUACGGUUCAAUGUUGGACGACAUUGGAAUCGAUCUGCCAAAAGCACCAAACAGCUUUGGAGAGAUCUUAGGGGAGUUGGUAUCAGCUAAAGUCUCGGAUGUCAAGCUUGUGAGAGAGGUUCUAAAGAAGAUGGAAGAUGAUUGGUUCAGAAAAACCGUGCUUGAUGCAGUAAUAAAGAGUGUUGGCGAGACUCCAUCAACAUCGCAGGCGGAGGAGCUCGAGGCUUGCCGGAGUCUGCUUUAAAAGAUAUAUUGGUUCUCCAUGGCGAAGUCUUAACUUGAGAGAGUAGUCUGAAUCAAUUUUUUGUUAUAAAGGUUUUUGAGUUAAUAUUUAUAUAUACUCGGAAGAUUUGGUUCAGUUUUGUUUUACUUCUCUUAUAUACUUUUUUCGUUCAUCUUGAGUUUUGAAACAUUUCAGGGUGAGAAAAGAUAAAAAAAAAGGUUACAUUUUUCA